AUGAAUAUAUCACCAUCACAAUGCAAUAGUGGUUGUGAAUCUGGGUGGACACAUUACCUAGAUCAGUCCUAUUUCUCUCAAAGUCAGUUCCAGAGAGCUGGGGCCAUUGCUGAUUAUGAGGGAGCAAAAACAGAAGUGGAGGAGGAAGAAGAAGAGGACCUGUCAAUGAUUUCUGAUGCUUCUUCUGGACCUCCCCAUUACCAUGAUUUAGAUGAAGACUGCUUGUAUGAAAAUGGAUGCUCUUUUUCUGUUUCGUGGGGUUCCAAAUUGGGAAAGAAGGGCAAGAAGAAAGGCAAAGAAAGUGGCAGAGAACAGCAUCUUGAUGACACUGCUAGCUCCCCAAAAAAGUUGCGCACUCUCUCCAAGGAUGAAUCUUCAAUGCAGAAUGUAUUGGGUUACUCUGAGGGUUUCUCUGCAACACAUACGAAGGGGAAAUCUGCAUUGCUGCAGCAUUUUGGUUUCUUGAAGUCAUCUCUAGCCAAAAGUCCAGCUUCACAAAAACCAGGUGAUUUCCGAGAAGGAAGCUGGGAGUGA